ACUGUCCACAGCUCAGUGAGCUCACCAAAGGCAAACCAAAUGUAUGGGUAAGUGUUGUCUCUGUCAUCUCGGCUUCUCUUCCCUCCUCAGAGCCAUGCACAACCCAACCAAACUCUUUUUCUCCACAAACAGCGCCAAAACUCCCUAUAAACUUAGCGACUCUGUCUCUAAAUAUAGAGAAGAGUUCACCAACCUCUGCUCCCGAGGCCACGUAAAAGAAGCGUUUGAGAGGUUCAAAUCUGAGAUAUUUUCAGACCCACCUCUCUUCUCUAAUCUCGUCCAAGCAUGCAUACCCCAAAAGGCAGUAUCAGUAGGAAGACAGCUCCAUUCUAUAAUAAUCACAUCUGGGUGUUCCUCAGACAAGUUUGUUUCCAAUCACCUCCUUAACAUGUACUCCAAAAUCGGAGAAUUACAAACGGCUGUGAAACUGUUCGAUAAUAUGUCUAAAAGAAAUAUAAUGUCUUGUAACAUUUUGAUCAAUGGGUAUGUGCAAAGUGGUGAUUUGGAGAGUGCCCAGAAGGUGUUUGAUGAAAUGCCUGACAGAAAUGUCGCGACAUGGAAUGCGAUGGUCACGGGGCUGAUCCAAUUUGAGUUUAAUGAACAGGGUUUGAAUUUGUUUUCAGAACUGCAUGAGUUGGGUUUUUUGCCUGAUGAGUUCACUCUUGGAAGUGUGCUCAGGGGGUGUGCAGGGUUGAGAGCUUGUCAUGCAGGGCGGCAGAUUCAUGCUUAUAUGUUGAAAUGUGGGUUUGAGUUCAAUAUGGUUGUGGGGAGUUCUUUGGCUCAUAUGUAUAUGAAGUCUGGAAGCUUGGAAGAAGGAGAGAAAGUGAUUAAGUUGAUGCCAACUCGCAAUGUGGUUGCUUGGAAUACGCUUAUUGCAGGAAAAGCUCAGAAUGGGCAUUCUGAGGAAGUGCUAGAUCAGUAUAAUAUGAUGAAAAUGGCAGGUUUUAGACCCGAUAAGAUUACAUUUGCAAGUGUUAUUAGUGCGUGUUCGGAAUUAGCAACACUUGGACAGGGUCAACAGAUUCAUGCUGAAGCAAUCAAAGCCGGGGCUUGUUCGGUAGUUGCUGUGAUUUCCUCAUUAAUUAGCAUGUAUUCAAGAUGUGGGAGUUUGGAAGACUCUGUGAAAGCUUUCUUGGAAUGCGAACAAAUGGAUGUUGUUUCGUGGACUGCUAUGAUUGCUGCUUAUGGGUUUCAUGGGCAAGGAGAGGAAGCCAUCAGACUGUUUGAACGUAUGGAGCUAGAAGAGUUGGAGGUGAAUGAUGUUACUUUCUUGAACUUGCUAUAUGCUUGUGGUCAUUGUGGUCUGAAAGAUAAAGGGAUUGAAUUCUUUGACGUGAUGGUUAAAAAAUAUGGACUGAAACCUAGACUAGAACACUAUACAUGUGUGGUUGACCUGCUUGGUCGGUCUGGCUGUUUGGAGGAAGCAGAGGCUAUGAUAAGAUCAAUGCCCAUAAAACCGGACGCUAUCAUAUGGAAAACUUUGCUAUCUGCCUGCAAAAUCCACAAGAAUGCAGACAUGGCAAAAAGGAUCUCAGAGGAAGUUAUGAGGCUUUAUCCUCUGGAGUCAGCUCCAUACGUGCUACUUUCAAACAUUCAUGCUUCUGCUAAAAGGUGGCAGGAUGUUUCUGAGGUGAGAAAAGCCAUGAGAGAUAUGAAAGUGAAGAAGGAACCAGCUAUAAGCUGGCUGGAAGUGAAGAAUGAAGUUCACCAGUUCUACACGGGUGAUAAAUCCAAUCCACAAUCGGUGCAGAUUGAUUUGUAUCUGAAAGAGCUAAUAUCCGAGAUGAAGUUGCGUGGUUAUGUGCCUGAUACAGGAGCUGUUUUGCAUGACAUGGAUAAUGAGGAGAAAGAAUACAACUUGGCAAACCAUAGUGAAAAGUUGGCAAUUGCUUUUGCUUUACUGAACACUCCUGCAGGUGUGCCAAUAAGGGUGAUGAAGAACUUGCGUGUAUGCAUUGAUUGCCAUGUUGCCAUAAAGUACAUAUCGGAGAUAAAAAACCGAGACAUUAUUGUACGUGAUACAAGUAGAUUUCACCAUUUUAAAAAUGGGAAAUGUUCUUGUGGAGAUUACUGGUAAGAGGAGAUAUCGUUGCCUUACUGCUGAUAGGAUUACUUUUUAUUUAUAUGAUUUUUCUCAAAACUAUUUUUCUGCUA